ACAGGCUACAUCCCCUAGUUGUCUGGCUUAGGAAGCAUAACCUCUCUCCCUCCAAUUUCCCCCAAAAAAUAUCUGAGUUAUUCAACACUCCUUCCCUCCUCACUCUCAAAACCCCACCAAAAUCCUUUCUUCUCAACCGAAUUUACAAGUUCAAUAUAGCUGGAAAUUUAAGAGUAGAACAGUCUGUAAGCUAUGGUUGCAGCAAGUUCAUCUUCCAUUUGUGCAAUAAAUUUGAUAUUUAGAGUGAAGGGUCAACAAUUACUUCACCCAAGAUGUCAAGAUGCUACUUUUACAAUGCUAAAUUUGCCCUGCUUAGGAAGAGGUAUCAAAGGAUUCGAAGUAAACCAGAUUACUGCUGGCAGGAAGAAGGGUUCUUUGUUUGCAAAAGCGAGUAAGAAGUCCGAGGAAUCAGUCCCUUCUUGGGCUAAGCUUGACUCGGAUGAGCCACCCCCUUGGGCUCGUGAUGAAGGCAAGUCAAAUGAACUGAAGGAGGGAUUUGAGGUUCCUUUCUUUGUUUAUUUGCUUGCCUCGGCUAUAACUGCUAUAGCUGCUAUUGGUUCAAUAUUUGAGUAUGUCAAUCAAAAGCCUGUUUUUGGACUUUUGAGCUCGGAUAGCGUUUUCUAUGCUCCUGUGCUUGGAUUUUUCGCAAUUACUGGAAUUCCAACUUCGGCUUUUCUUUGGUUCAAAUCCGUUCAAGUUGCCAACAAGGAAGCUGAAGAACAAGAUAAGAGAGAUGGUUUUUGACAGGGCCGGAGGUUAGGGCUUUGGUUCUUCUUUUAUGUACCAUUACUGAAUCAAUUGUAGUUUUACCUUGGUAAAUACCUCUAUCUUGUAAUUAGCUAUACCUGGUUGCUUCACUAAAAUUUCUAAGCAAAAUUUAUGAAAAUCAAAAUGUUUAAGUUUUGGUCACUAA